UCCCGUUUGAUUCUUUGCAGUGUUCCAAAAUCCAAGACAAAGUUCGUUCGUUCUGAGCAGCGCUGAGGAGUGUUCUGUGAUACAUACGCAGCAAAUGGGGCGCAAGUCGGCGACAGCGCGGAGUAGCAGCCAAGCCACCCAAGCCACCACUCACGCAGCAGCCAGUCAAGCAGCCACUCAACCCACUCAACCCGCUCAAGUCACUCAAGCAUCUCAAGUCACUCAAGCUGCUCCAACGACCGCGAUCGCCGCUCCAGCUGCCACGCCAGCCGUGACUGCGACCGCGACCACUGCUGCUGCUCCUGCUCCUGCUGCUACCGCCGCAUCGCAUGGAUCCACGAGUCCACAGGUCGCUCGAGCUGCUCCUGCUGCUCCUGCUGCUGCUGCUGCUGGGGCUGCUGCCAGUCGACCGCUCGUCUCCUCACACGUCGCUGCAAAGACGCUGGCCAGUGCCAAGGCAGCCGCGCGGCAGCAGGCGCAGGCGCUUGUUGGAGCUGCGCAAGCACCAAAGCAGCAGCCACCUGCUCAAGCCAAACCCGCCUCAGCUGCUGCUGCUGCUGCCGCCGCCGCCGGUAGCGCUGCUGCUGUGAGCAGAAACCAAGCAGGACACCCGCAGAAACCAUCAGGACAGCCGCCAGCGCCAAGCUCGACUGCAAGUCAAUCCAUCGCUCCACAAGUCAGACGCAGCCGAGCGAGCGCUGUGCUCAACGGCCCUGCUCCGUUAAAGCCAAUAGUGCUGUCGUCACACACGUGGCUGCGACUCUCAGCAAUAGAGGACGAUCGGCGGCUCGAGUCUGGCGACUUGUACGAGAAUGGGAUGCGCAUCAAGCUGACCGGAAACAUGUUUUACCGCGAGGGCCGCUACGAGGUCGCCUUGAGCUUUUACGAGCGCGGCAUGGCUCUGUUUCGGCGUCUGUCAGACCAGUAUACGUCGUACGUGUUAGUGCUUUGGUGUGCAUUGUGCAGAAACGCCGCACAGUGCUGCCUGCGGCUCGACAGCCCGGAAGAGGCCGUUCUCCUGUGCAACGAACUCAUCCACUCCAUCGCCUUUCAGUCCAUGUCGGACUUUGAGCGAGCCAAGACGCUGCACGUAAGAGGCGUGGCCUACAUGCAUCUGGGCGACUUCGCCAAGGCAAUCCCCGACAUUGAGGACGCCCUGUAUCUGUGUCCGCGCGAUCCAGCCAUCAUCACCGAUCUUAAGACAGCCAAGCAUCUGGUUAUUGAAGCAGAGGUUGAGUUUGGGCGAAUCCGGCCCACGGCGGCCAGCAUUUCGCGAGCCGAGGUGGAAAGCGCUGUCGCCGAUUUCCCCACCUUACCGCUGCCCAACCGCGCCAAAAAAAUCCAAGGCAUGCUGCAGCGACCAUGGCAUCAACGACUCCGAGGGCUGCGGCUCCGAUCACUGACGCUAGAGCACCCCGUUGAGAUUUGCUGCAUGGAUUUGUUGCACGGUGCGACUUCCGAGCGGCAAGACCAAGGCCUCUUCCCUGUGCUCUUUGGUGGCACGGACGGCUGCCUGUAUUUCAAUCGAAACGAUGGUCGGGACUGCAUCACGCUGGUCAAUCAUACAGGGCCUGUCACCAGUGUUUGUCCCAUUAUCGAUAAUCAUGUUUUGUCUGGCUCUGGAAUCUACCGGCUGGACGGCACCUACUACUGCUCGCAGGAUUGUAAUCUGAACGAUUGGCACUUGCCCGUUCAAACGCCCGUUAGUCUGCGCAUGCCGGGACCCGUUAGUUGCAUUGCCUCGCCGCUCUCAGCGGACUCGAUGGUCGAGAGCAACGCCGAUCCUGCCUCCUGCUUUGCCACCAUGUUGGCGUAUGCUGGCUUGGUCAACGGCUACGUGGUUGGUGUCGACCCGCGCGCCGCACAGCCGGCUGCAUUGAAAAUUACGGCCCACCAGUCGGUCGUCUCUGCCGUCGCGACGUCAGAACUGUUUCCCUUUUGUGUUGCUUCCGCGGGCUGGGACCAGUUCACCUGUGUCUACGAUAUUCGAAAGGCGAGCAAGCCAUUGCACGCCUAUCACGCUCCUUCCAAGCUCGGCAGCGUUAUUCGUCUUCGAUUCGCCCCACAAUCUUAUGCAGUCGCUGCAGCUACACAUUCAGCGGAGACAGCCAAUGCCCCAGGAUCUUCAUCUGACUUUUCGCCCCCAGCCCCAGCUGCGUCGUCGUCAACAUCCGCUCCUGGGCCUUCUAGCGCGGCUGCUGCUGCUGCUGCUGCUGCUUCGGGUGGUGGGAGCCCGUCUGGUUCAUUUUCUCAAACUGGCGCUGUAUUGCAAUCUGCCACUGAAGGCGGCAUGUUUUUCGAGCACGACAUGCAACUGUUCAACGAAGUGCAGGCCCGGUUCUUUUUGCAGGACAAGCACGGCCUCACCCUCUUCCGACCCGCUGCCUGUGUUGACUUCCGCGAUGGCGUUUUAGCCUGGGGCGCCCACGUCUACGAAGAAGAUUGGCACGACGAGGAGCGAGUUGGAAUUUGUGGGCUGGUGUCGUUCCACGAGCUGAACAGGAGCAUGAUUGCGACAGAUGCAGACUGUUGGUCCGAGUGCAAGGUCCUGGAGUAUCCCUGCAAUGCCAUUUGCCAAGCCGUGUAUCCUGCGCAUCGACAAUCUGUCACGUGCAUGCGCAUGUUUGAGCAUGGCGUGGUUACUGGCGGGGCUGAUGGCUUGUAUCAGACCUUUUACUAAGCGGCCAACAACGCGGUUUCCACGCUGGAAAACGAGCUGCCAUCGCGCUCAACUCGUCUUUGUACAAUAAUUAAUCCAUGGAUUGUUCUUAACACAAUAUAAUCAUCACUGAAAU